CCGCCUCCCUGACGUUGAUAUUUAAAGGUACAGAGUGCCAACGCGGACCGACCUGCAGCUUACACACGACAAAGCGAGGUGUUGCGAGAACCUGCCAGAAGCUGUCGAUCAUGAUGCUGCUCAAGUCACUAGCAUCCCUCUGCAUCCUGGCCGCCGUUGCUUUUGCUGUACCUGCUCAGGAGAAGCGCAUCCAUCACCAUGUUGAUCUGAGUGACCACAUCCACGAUGAUGCUCAUGGCUUCCAGUAUGACCAUGAGGCCUUCCUGGGCAAGGAGGAGGCAAAGACCUUUGACCAACUGACCCCUGAGGAGAGCAAAAACAGAUUAGCGAAGAUUGUGGACCGCAUUGACACUAAUAAGGACAGCUACGUCAGCCAUGCAGAGCUGCACCACUGGAUCAAACACAGGCAGAGGAGGUACAUCGAGGAGAAUGUGAACAAACACUGGAAUGACUACGACAAGAACCAAGAUGGCAAAAUAGGCUGGGAGGAGUACAAAAACACCACCUAUGGCUAUUAUCUGGAUGAGGAGUUUGAUGACAUUGAAGACAAGGCCACUUAUAAGUCCAUGCUCAACCGAGACGAAAGACGCUUCAAGGCAGCUGACCGGGACAGUGAUGGUAUUGCCACACGUGAGGAGUUCACUGCCUUCCUUCAUCCUGAGGAGUUUGAUUACAUGAAGGAUGUGGUAGUGCAGGAAACUAUGGAAGACAUUGAUAAGAAUGGGGAUGGCAAGAUCAACUUAGAUGAAUACAUUGGUGACAUGUACACACCAGAGAAGGGGGAGAGUGAGCCUGACUGGGUCCAGACAGAGCGGAAACAAUUCUCAGAGUUCAGAGAUGCCAACAAGGAUGGCUACCUGGAUGCUAGUGAGGUGGCACACUGGAUUUUGCCAGGAGAGGUUGACCACGCUGACAAUGAAGCCAAACACUUGAUCCACGAGACAGACACCGACAAGGACGAGAAAAUAACCAAGAAGGAGAUCCUGGCCAACUGGAACAUGUUUGUGGGCAGCCAGGCAACCAAUUACGGGGAAGAUUUAACGAAGAGACAUGAUGAACUUUGAUGAGCCUUCAUGCCUUCAAGAGAAGCUCAUUGGGUUCAUAUUUCGCUACCAUGGAGAAUUCAGUUACAGCAGUUAUGGGGGGGGGGGGGGGACUCAGUAAAGUUCUGACUUUGGGUUACACCAGAAUCAAGGGUAUAAUCAUGUACUCUUGUUCAUACAUGCACAUACACAACUUCUCAUUCACAUGCACACAGACUUACUGAAGCAUGUAGUCACAUACUGUGUAUGUGAGUACAGAUGAUAAUUGAUGACCCUACACACAUUUGUUUUAUUAAUAUAUCCCUUUGAUUAUUUUUUUUAUUUUUUUAUUUUUUUAAACUGAGAUGCCUAUCCUCAUAGGCAAAAUAAUGUCCAGUGAAAAUAAUAGUGGAUAAUGUCCAACAUGCACUGGAAUCCAGCUGAAACAAUGCCAUUUGUUCCAUCAGCUAAAAAGAUCUCAAUACAUGGGGAUGCAAUUGUUCUUGUAUAAUAUAAGCCAGCAAACAUUGGGGAUACCGAGUUUUUAUCUGAGACAGACAUGUUUACAUAGAUCAGUGAGCAUGUGAACAUUUGCGAACAUUUGUAGUCAAAGUGUAUGAAAUGCACAUUUGAAGGAGAGGAAAAGAUGUGAUUUGGUGAACAAAGGGCUGUUACUGACUUUUUUUGGGUUUGACUAUUAAAGCUUUUUUUUCUACAAGUGUAGUUUUUAUUUUGCACUAACUACUUUUGAAACUUCAGUCGCAUUACUUUAAAAUGUAGUA